CUUAUGAGGAAGAUGAUUUUCGAUUUUCAUAAUCCAAUUGGUUCUAUGUCCUCUGUGACCAAACGUAGCCUAUUCUUCUUUGUUCAGUAUGGGACGGUACCGCAUUGUGUAUGUACAAGACGAAAACAAUCUUGCCUUCAAUGGUAUUCUCAAAACAACCCGCCCACUGGCCAGUGUCUGUUUCACUCAUUUCUGGUUUUAGUUGUAGUAGUAGUCAGGGUAGUAAACAGGAAAAAAGGUUGUUCGCUUGUUUCUGUUCUAAAUUCAAUUUCCCACAAGAAAGAUCGCUGGGAAAAAAAACGACAGAAAUCACUACCUACAUGAUGACUGCUUUGAACGGAAAUCGAUCAGUAUAGCUACGGAGGCUUCGAAAAUGAUAAUCAUUUCCCGCCUGUAGCAUCUGCUUAUUUUCGAAAACAACGACUGGUAACUCUGCCCAUCUUGGACUUUCUUUCCUUCAUGAUUUUAGAAUGCCAUUGGUGUACAUGUCAUUGCUGGCAGCGGAGAAUAGAAACCCGUGAAACUCCUGUACCUCUCUCUAGUCAUUCACGAGACGCUGAUGAGUCCAAGCAGUGGGAGCUGAUACGAAACUAUUUUAUUGUACAGAAAACAAUGAAUGUAUUACACAUAAAUAUGAAUAUUCACC